AAUGGAAAGUCUGGAACUUAUCUCCUUCUCAUUUCUGGACCGAGCCAAAGGACUGUGAUGAAAAAUUACUCUGCGGCUGUGCAUGUGCACACGUGAGAGAGAGGAAGCAAGAGAGCGAGCAUGAAGACGAUGAAGAAAAGUGGAUGAAAUAGUCAGCAUAAAAGAAAGUCCAGAAAUAAAGUUGUCAGAGAGGCAUGGUGAGAAAUGUAAGAGGUGCUUCGGGGAUCACAGUGCUUAGUCAGGGCCUGGAAAUGCAGCGUCUCACACCUGAGAAUCACAGCCGCUUCAGCUGGAGAGGGUGGAAAAACCUACUGCUGCCGCAGUUGAACAGACGCUCGCUGCAUGUCUACGGCAGUGAGAUGGCUGUGGAGAAGGAGUGCUUUAGACAGAAAGAGGGAGGUGUGUUGGUCAUCCAUCCCUUCAGUCGUUUAAGGAGUUAUUACAUCAUGUGUAUGGUGGCCAUAACAUUUCUUAAUUUAAUUGGCAUUCCAAUGGAGAUUGCCUUUCUGGAUGGCAACAGUGGAGUAGGUUGGGAGGGUUUUAAUGUGUUCUCGGACACUCUGUUCCUGAUUGACGUGGGGCUUAACUUUCGAAUGGGGAUCAUUACUGACAACAGUGAGGGAGCCAUUCUGGAUUUGAAAAGCAUUCGACAACAGUAUUUAAAAAGCUGGUUUAUACCUGAUGUGGUGGCAGCAUUCCCAGUUGGUUACAUACUACUUAUUGCGGACCUACAAUACCACAGUGACUCUCCCUCAUCCAGAGCCAGCAAAAUGAUGCGCAUCUUGAUGUUUGUGAGAAUCCUCAGUCUUGUUCGCCUGUUGCGUGUGUCAAGGCUUGUUAGGUUUUUCAAUGAGGUGGAGAGAGUUUCAAAUGCCAACUUGGAGGUGGUGAGGGUUUUCCUAAGAAUCUUGUCGCUAUUUAUGAUGAUCUUCCUGCUUUGCCACUGGAACGGCUGUAUUCAGUAUUUUGUGCCUAUGCUUGAGGAGUUUCCCUCAGACUGCUGGAUUAGAAGAGAGAAUCUAAUGAAUGCCACAGUGGGAGAGAAGUACUCUUUUGGAGUCUUUCGGGCCCUCUCUCAUAUGACUGCAAUAUCAUAUGGUUCCUCUGAAACACCCACAAGCAAGGAGUAUACUUUUGAUCAGCUGAUUUAGUUAAAUGUUCAUUUUAUACCCCAACAAUCACAAUGCACAACUGAUACUUCUUUUAAUACCUGAUUAUUGUUUUUGUUUUUUUUAGAUGAGGUUGAGCUUUGGAUUGUCAUGACUAGCAUUGUGUCUGGAGCCAUCAUGUACACGGUGAUGGUCGCCAACACUGCUGCAAUGAUGACUGAUGUGGACAUAACAGCAAGAGCAUACAAGAACAAGAUGAAUCAUAUGGAAGAUUAUAUGACUUUCAUGAAGCUUCCCAAAGCCCUUCGUGUGCGCAUCAACAACUUCUUUCAGGCUCGUUACGCAGGAAAAUGGUAUGAUGAGAAAGAUGUGCUGAAGUGGGUGUCUUCAUCUCUCAGAGAGGAAAUUCUGAUGUCCAUGUGCUCAGCCCAUGUGAGAAAAGUCCCCUUUUUCCGGAACUGUGAUAUAAACUUCAUCAAUGCCAUUCUUCUGGAGCUGCAGUAUGAGGUCUACCAGGAGGGUGACAUCAUCAUCCGCCAGAACAUUCCUGGUGACCGCAUGUUCUUCAUCGAGCACGGGCAGGUCCUUGAGGAGAAUGAGUUUUUCCAGAGGGAAAUAUGUGAUGGAGACUGCUUUGGAGAGUCAUGUCUCCUAACAAAAGGAAUGUGUUUGGCCACAGUACAAGCUUUGACUAUCUGUCAGCUUUUUUCCUUGUCGGUGGACUCCUUUCAUUCUGUUCUGAAGGACUAUCCAGACAUCAGGAGGGACCUGGAGACAUUUCAACAGGAUAAAGACAUUUUGUUAUGUUGAGAAAAUAUCCAGAUGUGGUUUUGGAAUAUUCUGUUCCAGUUGGUGGAUGUGAGCUGAAGUAUUCCCUUGUUCUUCAGUGUACAACAAGCUGAAGGAAAAUGGACUUUGUAUAGCAAAAAAGAUAUGACUUGGCAACCGCAUUGGAAUGGGAUUCCUUUAAGAAUACUGAUAGGAUGUUUUUAGACUGAUUUGUAGGCCACUUUCUCCACUCCCUCCCUUUUCAAGUGCCCACAGAAGGAUAAGCAUAACCCGUGCUCUUACGUCACAUAACCAUGCCUCUUUACGUUUCCCCUGUCUUCAUCUGAAGUAUACAGAACAGCACCCACUGGUGGCCUCCAUUUUCCAGUAGAGGUCAUUAAUUUUAUCUGACCAGGUCCUCAUUGUACUGUAGGUUUCUAUCAGAGAAGCUUUGUUUAAAACAGACAACAUUUUUAAUGUUUUGACAAAUAUGUUUGUGUUUUUCAAAUAAUGUGCUGAGUUCAAUUUUAUGUUAAAUAUGUCCCACAAAAGUCAGCAGAUUAUUUUCAGAAAUCAGCACAAACAGUGAACAAAUUAUGUUGGGGCCCAGAAAAAACUUACCAUAAUUUACAUUUUAAAUAUUGUAUUUUGGGGGAAAGGAUAAAAUUUGCUAUUUCAUAAAAUGACCCAAAGGUUGUAGAGAUAAUUGUAGUUCAUAGGUCAA